CAGACGUGUUUAUCUUUCAAACGGAAUUCUCUACGCUUAUUAAUAAAGCAAAUAAAUAGAAGCGAACCUUAUAUACAAUGAAGUUUCUGAGUGGAGUUGUAUAUUGAAUGAAUAAUAUUAUUUUAUACGUCUAUUGAAAAGUAUAACAAGAAUGUGUGCGCCAAAAGUUAUCAGUGAAAAGAAAAUGGAUUUGGACGAUAUUCUCGGAAAAUUUGGAAUAUUUCAAAGUUAUCACUUACAAAUGAUGAUUUUAACAUUUUUCGCUUUUGUUACAAAUGCUUUGUACAGCGCGAAUUUUGUCUUUGUUGCUGAGGAAGUCAAUUACAGAUGCAAAGACGAUUUGGAUAAUUCACAUUCCUGUUCUGCUAAUUCGUCACAACUCUGUUCGGAGUGGUUGUACGAUGAUCCGGACAGCUUUGUAGCUUAUUUUCAGCUAGCUUGUCAAGACUGGAAGAGAACGUUGGUCGGAACGGUGCACAGUUUUGGGUACAUGUGCGGUCUACUUCUCGUUGGACCCAUGUCGGAUAGACUUGGAAGAAAAACUGCUGUAAUUAUAACAGGUAUCUUGGGGGGAUUUUUCGGUAUUGCAAGGAGUUUCUCGGCGUGGUACUGGUUCUAUAUUGCUAUGGAAUUUUUGGAAGCUGCCUUAGGGGAUUGUUGUUCUCCAAUGUAUGUGCUAACGAUUGAAAUAGUUUCCACUAAGAAGAGACUCGUGUUUUACAUGAUGUGUGGUUUUGGAUAUUGCUUCGGGGGUAUGUCGUUAUCCCUAUUUGCCUGGUUAACGCCAAACUGGAGAUGGUUUUUAAGAGCUAUAUAUUUACCAACAUUCCUUUUCUUUACCUACAUAUAUCUGCUCGAUGAAAGUCCAAGAUGGCUUCUGACUAAGGGACGAAAAGAUAAAGCUGUAGCUAUUCUCGAAAAGGCCGCUAAGAAAAAUGAUAUGGUUAUAGAAAAGGAUGUUCUAGAAAAGUUAUCGUGUGAAGUCAGCCCAGAUGUUCCUUACAAGGAAUUGUUAAAGGAUACUUUCAAAUCUACAAAAUUAAGGAGACGAUUUUUCGUAUGUCUAGCUUGGUGGACGGCAUCUACAUUCGUUAACUAUGGAAUGAUCAUUAAUUCUGUAUCAUUACAAGGGAAUAAAUACUUAAAUUUCGCUCUGGUAGCGUCAGUAGAAAUUCCAGGAAACAUAAUCGUUACUUACGUAUUGAUUAAUUUUAAAAGAAAAUUACCAUUGAUGUUUUCGUUCUUUGUUGGUGCAGUUUUGUGCUUGGCACUUCCAUUUAUACCGGAUGAUUUGCCAUGGGUAUCAAUUUCAUUUUUCAUGGCGGGCAAGUUGAUGAGUUCUUUCUUUUUCGCCAUAACCUACAUGUACACGUCGGAGCUGUUCCCGACGUAUACCCGAAAUUCGAUGCACGCUUUGUGCUCUUCACUCGGCCGCAUCGGAUCCAUCAUCGCGCCUCAGACUCCGCUCCUGAUAACCUACUGGUCUGGUCUACCAUCUCUGGUUUUUGGUACUGUCUCCUUCUUAGCUGGUCUUACUACAUUUCUAGUACCCGACGUGUCAGAUGACUUGUUACCAGAUACCGUAGUACAAGCUGAAGCUCUGGGGAAAUCAAAAAUCCCUUCUAAAGCCUUAGAGAACUAUAACGAGGGAGAUAUCUCUCAGCUAUAAAUAAAUUGAUUUAUGAAUACAAUUCAAACUAGAGCUUCCUAUUGGAAUAUGCUUACGUUAAAUUCAAAUUUUAUCACGAGGUAUUUUUUAUAGCAUUGGUAUUGGACGCGCAAAUGGAAAUGAUCCUGAUUUGAUCAUUAAAUGGUCAUCACUGCCCAUAGAUAUUGGCACCAUAAGAAAAUUUUACCAUUCCUUACAUCGCCAAUAUGACACCAACAACGGGGAAUAAGAUUUUAUGUAAUUACACUGGCUGGCUCACCCUUUUAACCAGAACGCAUCAAUUCUAAAUAUUUUUGUUGAUUGGUAGGACAUAUGAUGGGUAGCACCCACCCAGAAUGACUUGCGCAAAGCCCUGCCACCAAAUCAAAUCAAAUUAAAAUAUACUUUAUUCAAGUAGGCUUUUACAAGCAAUUUUGAAUCGUCAUUUAACAAACUAUUUUAAGUAAAGCUA